GAGGCUGGAGGGAUGGCGAGUGGGGCCGAGCGGGGACACACCGGCUGAGGCGGCGAGGAGGGCGGCCCGGGCCGAGGCGGCGAGCUGAGGGGGCCGCCGGAGAGGUGUUCAAGAUGAAUCUGGAAAAACUCAGCAAACCUGAACUACUGACUCUGUUUAGCAUUCUUGAAGGGGAACUAGAAGCAAGAGAUCUUGUCAUAGAAGCCUUAAAGGCCCAGCGCAGAGAUGCUUUCAUUGAAGAGCGCUAUGGAAAAUUCAACAUCAGUGAUCCGCUGAUGGCUCUUCAGAGGGAUUUUGAGGCGCUGAAAGAAGAGAACCAUGGCGAUAAGCAGCCCGUUUGUGCCAAUCCCUUGUCCAUCCUGAAGGUUGUGAUGAAACACUGCAAGAAUAUGCAGGAAAAAAUGUUGUCCCAACUCGCAGCUGCAGAGAGCAGGCAUCGAAAGGUAAUCUUGGAUCUGGAGGAAGAGAGGCAGAGGCACGCCCAAGAUACUGCUGAAGGGGAUGAUGUCACGUACAUGCUGGAAAAGGAGCGAGAGCGGCUCACCCAACAGCUGGAAUUUGAGAAGUCCCAGGUGAAGAAGUUUGAAAGGGAGCAGAAGAAGCUCUCGAGUCAGCUGGAGGAGGAGCACGCCCAUCACAAGCAGCUCUCCUCCAUGCUGGUGCUGGAGUGCAAGAAAGCCGCCGCCAAGGCUGCGGAGGAAGGACAGAAGUUGGGGGAGCUGAGCGGGAAGCUGGAGAAGGAGAGGAGCAGAGUGAGCCAGUUGGAGGAGGAGCUGGCAGCCAAGAAGAAGCGGGGCUUGCAAAUGGAGGCCCAGGUAGAGAAGCAACUCUCGGAGUUCGACAUCGAGCGGGAGCAGCUGAGAGCCAAGCUGAACCGGGAAGAGAACCGCACCAAGGCCCUGAAGGAAGAAGUGGAGCAGCUGAAGCAGACCCUCAAGGAGCUGGAGGCUUCCUGCAAAGCGGAAAACCCUCCACCAAGCGUCUCCAAGGUGUCCAUUGCGACCAUCACAGAAGACCCAUGUCGGUCCGUCGCUUGCCAGACAGAAAGCCCCUUGCAGGAGAGCCAAGGAAGCACCAUCAAACUGGCACGUGCCCUGUCGCCUGUCGCUGCCACGGCCCCCCACUCUUAUGCCAAGGCAAAUGGGCACUGCGAGGCUGAGGCACAAGCGAGCGUGGAGCCAGCCCAGCCCAGCAUGGAGAAUCUGGAGAAGAGCAAGCCUGCCGGGUCCACUCCUGAGGGUCCCACCGAAAACAGCAGCUCCCCGGUGAGGACAGAGUCUCUUUCUCCAUCCAUCCCGCCGCUGCCCUCCAGUGGGAUCUCCUUGUCUCCAAGCAACACCGCCUCUUCCUCGCUGACAUCCUCCCCGUGCUCCUCCCCAGUGAUGACUAAGCGCUUGCUUGGAGCCUCGGCCAGCAGCCCCAGUUACCAGUCUUCUUACCAGGUGGGGAUCAACCAGCGCUUCCACGCUGCUCGCCACAAAUUCCAGUCCCAAGCUGACCAGGACCACCCGUCGAGCGGUCUCCAAAGCCCUCCGUCCAGGGACCUGUCGCCCACCCUCGUUGACAACUCGGCCGCCAAGCAGCUUGCCCGCAACACCGUCACUCAGGUCCUCUCCAGGUUCACAAGCCAGCAGGGUCCCAUCAAGCCCGUCUCGCCCAACAGCUCCCCCUUUGGCACAGACUACCGGACCCUGGCCAGCGCCAUGAGCCCCAAAAGCGAGUCGAGCCCAGGCAAAGUCUCCAGCCCGCUCAGCCCGCUCUCGCCUGGUAUUAAAUCACCAACCAUACCCAGAGCAGAAAGAGGGAACCCUCCGCCGAUUCCUCCAAAAAAACCUGGGCUGGCUCCUUCUCCAGCCAGCCACACUCCGCCGACGAAGACCUCCUCUCAGGCACCUUCUCUGGGUUCCCCUGCGGACUUGGCGAGCAGUUGCUCAAUCAAUGCCGUGGUGGCCAACGGGAAGGAAAUUGAGAUCCUACUGCCAGCCAACAGCUAGUCUCCAGAACGAGCUGCAAUCCGAGCGUUUGCAAUUCCUAGAGCUGAAACACUGUCUUAGCCACUCCAUGUUAUUUAUUAUUUGGGUAGUAACAAAAAUCUGUUUGUAUAACA